AUGGCUCCUACUGCUCUCCUGCUGGGUCUCUUGGCAUCCCUUUGGGGGGUCUCCACUGCAAGGUCCCUCUUGAGCCGGCUUGGGGACCACAUCCAACAAGUGCAGGCUAGGUUGGGCCAGAAGCUGGGGGAGCCAAGUCCAGUGAGGGAGGGCUGGCUCUGGCAGCCCCUGGAUCCUUUCAACAGCUCUGACCAGCGCUCCUUUCUCCAGCGAUACUGGGUGAAUGCCGGACACUGGAGAUCCCCGGAUGGCCCUGUUUUCCUGCACAUUGGGGGUGAAGGCAGCCUUGGGCCAAGCUCUGUGCUUAAAGGUCACCCUGGGACCCUGGCCCCACAAUGGGGGGCUCUGGUGGUAUCCCUGGAACACCGAUUUUAUGGACACAGUAUCCCCCCAGGGGGACUAGAUAUAGCUCAGCUCCGCUUCCUGUCUAGCCGCCAUGCUCUGGCUGAUGUUGCCUCUGCCUGCAUCCACCUCUCUCGGAUCUACAAUAUCUCAGCCUCCAGUCCCUGGAUCAGCUUUGGAGGUUCCUACGCUGGCUCCCUGGCUGCCUGGGCCCGGCUAAAGUUCCCCCACCUCAUCUGGGCAGCUGUGGCCUCCUCAGCUCCUGUGCAAGCCCAGCUGGACUUCUCCAGUUACAAUCAGGUAGUAUCCAGGAGCCUGGCAGACCCGGCAGUGGGUGGUUCCCCUAAGUGCCAGAGGGCUGUAGCCCAGGCCUUCUCUGAGCUAGACCAUGGCCUGUCUGAGGGAAAGGAGACUCAGGCUGUGUUGCAAUCAGAGGUAAGGGCGUGUGGGCCCCUGGAGACCCCUGAGGACCAAGCCGAGCUCCUGGAGCAGCUGGAAGGGCUGGUGGGGGCAGCUGUGCAGUACGACCAACAGGCUGGAGUUCCCCUGGACGUGAGAGGCCUCUGCCACCUUGUUUUGGCCAACCAGAGCAGAGAGCCCCUUUCAGGACUCCAGGAUGCCAUCCAGCUUGUGCUGAAGGCUCUGGGUCUCCCCUGCCUGCCCAGCUCAAAGGCAGCUGCUGUGGCUGAACUGAAGGACACCAGUCCACAGGCCGUGGGCCUGGGCUCCAGGCAGUGGUUCUAUCAAACGUGUACAGAGUUUGGAUACUACAUCACCUGCAAGGACUCCAGCUGCCCCUUCUCCAGGCGCAAGAUGCUGUCAGCCCAGCUUCAGCUUUGCGCACAGGUGUUUGGACUCUCCCCGGCCUCUGUGGCCGAAGCUGUGACCCGGACCAACACCUACUAUGGUGGUCGGAGCCCAGGGGCUACUCGGGUGUUCUUUGUCAAUGGUGAUAUUGAUCCUUGGCAUGUGCUGGGUGUGCUCCAGGUCCUUGGACCCUCGGAGCCAGCCAUGCUCCUGAGGGGUACAUCACACUGCUCAGACAUGGCCGCACCCCAGCCCUCAGACCCCCCCAGCCUAUACCUAGGACGCCAGAAGAUUAUUCAACAGCUCAAGGUAUGGCUCCAAGAGGCAAAAGUAGAUCUGGGCAGUCCCUGA